AUGACUGCUAUCAGGGGAACCAGAGGGUAUGUGGCCCCUGAAUGGUUCAGAAGCUUACCUAUCACAGUCAAGGUUGAUGUUUACAGCUAUGGCAUUUUGUUGUUAGAGAUUAUUUUCUGCAGGAAGCAUUUUGAAGCAGUGGCAGACAAUGAAGAUGAAAUGAUACUAGCUGAUUGGGCAUAUGAUUGCUAUAUGCAAAAGAAGCUGCACCAGCUCUUCGAGAAUGAUGAGGAAAUCAAUGACAUGGAGAAGUAUGUGAUGAUUGCAAUAUGGUGCAUUCAGGAGGAUCCAUCACUCAGACCCACCAUGAAGAAAGUCACACUGAUGCUUGAAGGAACUGUUGAAGUCUCAGCUCCACCUCCUCUUUCAUAA